AUGGGGAUUUCAGUCGCCGAGGAAUUGGAGGGCGAGUGCUUGAGUCUCCUUUUGCAGGUGGGAGUUGUGCCAGGUUCGCGGCUCGAGGUGGUGAAGGAGAUGGCGGAGUCGAAGCAAUCAACAGUUCCCUUCAUUAUCUUUUUUUCUCAUCAUGUUCUUUCUUCCCUCUUAACUCGCCAGAUCGAACAGUCAUCAGAGAACUGCCGAAUACACAUCGGCGACUAUGACUAUAGUGAGAGUCUCUAUGAAUCCCAGCUUGCUGUGUUGUCUGCUCUGGACUCUCUUUGGUUAAGGGGUGAUCGAGAGCUAAAUCUCUUCGGCACCACUGCACCACCUCCAACCUCACACCACGAGCAGGUUACUCCAUUUGUCUCCCUUUCUAUUCUGUCCAAACCUGAUGCACUUAGAUGCUGGGUCAUAGCUUGAUGUCAGGUCAGGAGUUCUACUUGGAUUUGGAAAAGCUCCGGGGAUGUUCCAACAGAUUUUCAUUUAGGCUUGCAAUGAGCCACCCAAAAGAAUUGCUAAUUAGUGGCUACUGGGGAUGUUCAGCAAAUUUAGUUUUCGCGUGUAUAGAGCACUACUUUGAUUUGAUAUAUUGGCAAAGUUGAGAGUGAUCUCAAUUAGUUCGUAGCUAGACUCAUGUGUUACUUUAUGAUAAAACCCAGGAACCGCAAUUGAAACUGUGCUCAUUCAGUGGUAUCUUAUAUACAGAUGUUUGAACAUAGUUUUUGCUUUUAAAAGGUG